UUUAUACAGUUCCGAUAUUGCCCAGGAUUACAUUACAUUACAGGUAUAAACAAUUUUUUCAUAAAAUAACGUUGUAUGCUUAGCUUCCGUACUGUCUAGAAAUUAAUAAUUUAACCGCUUCUUGUUCGUUCUGCAGACUAAUGUGUCAUAGGCAAUGACAGAUCCCUCUUUGCCCGUUUAUAAUGUUAAACUCGACUAUUCAAAAUAAAAUAUUAAGAACACUGCCCGACGAUAGACCCAUCACUGCUAUUCAGAUUGUAGAGGAUCUAGACAAGUGCCCCACAGGUUUUUACCCUAUAAGCAGGACGUACGAUCAGGAUCAAGACGCAGAUUUAGGGGAGAAGACUUUCUUUAAAAGCACCGGGAGAUAUUUGUGUUUGUCAAAGACCGAAGGUAUACCAAGUUUUGUGGUCCAAAAGAUAGUUUUCCUAAAUGAGAAACAGCUACCCCCAAAAGGUUUUAGUUUAUUGAAUAAAACUGCCGAUAGUCAGCAAAGAGCUUGGAAAAAGAAACAGCUUUGCUAUCAGCUGGCCAACAAGAAGGAAAUCCAAUUGGCUAUCACUGAUAUUAUUCUCUGUAAUAAAUUAAAAAAGGCUCCUCUCGGAUUUACACUCGCAGGAGAAAUCAACGGAGUUGUAGUCUGUUACAAAAUGGGAAACACCGAGUCGGGAAUACCAGACAGGCCCCCCAAACCCUUGUCUCCCAAUACUGGGGGCCCAGUUUACCCUUCUUUAGGUGAAGAUGAUGACUAUGAAAUCCUCAGACCGGGAUACAAUAUAAACCCCUCCCCGGGCCCCAUUAGGCCCGCACCGAAACCGCCAGCACCAGGCCCUCCCGCGCACAACAACUUUCAACAUCAAAACUCCACCCAUACCUUAGGGAAUAGUUGUUAUCCCGGAUUGGAGGGUGUACCUUUCAUUGUUAAUCCCAAGUUUUUAAACAGCAAAGACCCUAUGUCGCAGAUUCCCAAAAUACGUAUAAAAACGAUGCAACAAAUCCUGAUGGAGUAUGAUUAUUCCUUUACGACUGAAAGACAGGUCCAGUAAACAAAAUAAAAUUAGUGCUCAACAUGAUUGAUGAUGAUGAUGAUAAUGAGAUUUGUUUAUAUAUAAAUAAAUUAGUUUAGUUUAUACUGUAAUAUGUUAAAUAGUGUUUUCCACUGAGAGGUUUAGACUUAAAGUAGUUGCGCCCUUUUUUUUAGGUUAGAGCACUUUUAAGCCAUCGGAUCAACCUUUUGCCAAUAAUGUGUGUGCCAAUUGUUUAAGAAUGACGUUGUUUGUUAAAAAUGAAAUUUUAUAUUUUGUGAUGAAAAGAAUUAUAUCAAUGUUUCGGUGAAUCAUUUUAUGUACUACAAUUAAGUCUAUGUUCCAUUUUGUCCAAGUUGUCACAGAUCUAAUAACAAGGGUUUCGAUUAAUUUUAGACCUGAAAAAAUGAGUGAGUAGUCUUAGAGUCUGAUGAUAACUUAAUUGGAGCGAAAUACGUGUUGAAACAAAUCUUUAAUAGCGAUAAGCAAUAUUGUUAAAAAACGGUUUCCUCUUUUUGCACUGGCAGAUUUCUUUGUACACUAAUUUAGGUUUAACUUAUUUAAGGUCAAUAAGAUGUAAAAUUUCUUUUAUGUAUUGACGGUGUAAAGUACGUACAAUUUUUCGGAGUGUUUUUAAACCAUAUUAUGUACUUUUAAACCUUUAAUCAAUUUCUAGCUUUAAAAUAUAGUUAUUUAUCGAU